CCGUUUUCAGCAAAUAUUCGACAUAAUUGCAAUAAACUUUCGUUAAUUAGUAUUUUAAUAGUAUUUUUUAAUCAAACCAAAUGAAAGUUUCAUGACAUACGAUUCCGAGAGUAACAAACCUUAGAGGGUACACAUCAGAAUGGCAGAUGAUAUAGAUAUUGAAGAACAUGAUUUGAUGGACAAUCCACAGCUAGGCAAUAUAUUCCCAUGCAUAACUAACAUUAAGUCUGAAGUUAUUGAUUAUGAAGAUGAAAAUGGAUAUUUAGAAGAAAAUGGGUAUAUGGAGCCAAAUAAAGUGAUAAAGAAGGAACCAUGUGCAUAUGAAAGCAACCCAAAUAUAAACAGCAAUGUCAUUAUCUUUGGUACAAAACCAUCAACGCCGCAACAAUGUCACAAAGCAUCUACCUCCGCAAAUAAGGAGUCUUCCAAUGAAAUAUCCUUUGAAAAUAAUGAUGAUGAUGAUGAUGAUGACUACAUUGAUGGUAAUGAUGAAGAUCCUGAUAUUAAACCAUGUUCUGUUGUGUUAAAAGACUGGCAUUCAUUUCUUAUAAAUAGCAGUUGCUACUGUUCACAAUGUGAAAUCUUGUUUCCAACACCAAAUGCAAUUGAAUCUCAUCGCAUGACAGAUCAUUCCUUUCUCGUCGCUGUCAGCCACAACAAAGCUAUAAAGAGUACAUCCAAGGGCACCAUAAAAGAUGACUCUCAGGUUAAUAGGAGGUCAGACUUGCUGUGCCGUCAUUGCAACAUUUUUUUCCCAAGCGAAAAUUACUUGAUUUUGCAUUUAAACUCUCUUCUUCCUGAUGCGGUAGAGUCAAGUGGAGAUGAAAAGCCUCUUGCUGAACUUGCCGAUGAAGAAGUAUUGUAUGCAACGUGUCCAAUUUGUGCCGCUUAUUUCAAACAAGAAGUAACUUAUCGAAGCCACAUUCUUUUAAAUCAUGCGGAUCGUCAUUUACAAAAAGUUACGGCUCCCUUUAAUCCAAAAUGUAGACACUGCAAUGCAUAUACAAUGAAUCCAAAAAAAUAUAACUGUCAUUUAAAACUUUGUCAUCCUGAAAUAUAUCUAUUGAGAAACUAUGAAAAAGACCACUACCAGUGCCAUAUAUGUAAGCAGACCUUUCCUACUGCUGAUACUGAGUGGAAACACAGACUGGAUAAACAUCCGACCAAUGUUAGACUUUGUGGUCAGACAUUUCGGAAAGCCCUCACACUGGGAAAGAUUCCUCCUAAAUAUGGGAAAACUCUAAAACCAUCUGCAUGUCUUAAGUCAAAUAGACUAAAAAGAAAAAAGGAAGAUGGGAAUGAAAAUAUUACGAUUGUGCCAAAAAAACUCAUUGUAAAAAAAGAACCUGAGGUUGAUAAUAACAAACUCGUACCUAAAUCAAAUCUGUUUGUAUGUGGUAAGUGUAAAAUUAAUUUUGUUUCUCCUUCUGCUGCAUUCGAACAUACACAACAUUGUACACUCGGUAAGGGAGACUGGAAGUGUCGGCCGUGUAGACGCUCAUUCACAAAAGCAGAUAUAGAGAUGCACAUCAACCAGCACAAGCUAAAGGGACGGCUCAGAAGCAUCGUCAUCUCGGAAUGGGUAUUAUCAAAAAUAAUCAACAGGUGUGGAAAAUGCAAUGUAUGUUUUGACGAAACGACCUUCUCCAAAUAUCAUGGAUCAGGAUGCAAACCUUGUCCUUCUGUGGAAUGUGACGUGUGCCAUCUACGUAUACUUAAGUUUGUAGCCGCAAGUCAUUCAAGGGCACAUUCGGAACUCGGGUGGAAAAUAAAUGAUUUUAUAAUAACAGAUUAUGAAGUCUUGAGGUCUGCACCGGUUCUUCAGAACCUCGAAGACGAUUCAGGCUCAAAAUGUGAUGAUAACUUGAGUCUAUCCGCACCCGAAGGCAAAAUUAAAUUGACACGUAAAACUUGGUUCAAUAGACUGUAUUACUGUCCAAACUGCAAAGUUUACUCAACCAGGCACAGACCGAUGGAUGGGCACGAGAAAGCAGAUUGUAUUCCGCGGAAACUCGCUAGGGAGCUGUGCAAAGUUUGUGGUCUCGUGUUCACUAAGAAAGGAUACGAGACCCACAAAGAACACCACAGGAGGUUCAAUUUUAAACUUCAUAGUUUGACCUUUAUAAAUAUCAUCAGUGGUAAGAAAAUUAUUCCACCGUUUCCCGAGUUCAUGCUCUGCUCGGCCUGUCGAGUAUACUUCGUUAGUCGUGUAGCACUACAGAAUCACGCUUGUAACGCCGAGGAGAACAAGUCCUGUCGGUUCUGUCAGAAAAAGUUUAGUGACUUGGCACUCAAGCUUCACGUGCCUUUCCAUCAACUCGCAAAAUCAACGACUACGAUCGCGAAAAAAGCACCCGCAAUUAACGACACUAACAGACAGAUCAACUGCACGAUUGUAGGAAACAAGAAAUCUUCGCCAUCGACGGCAGCGAAAAACGCUUCGAAAGUAGCCGAGACACGGAUGCCCACGCCCAUUCAAGAUUUAAUCAAAAAGUACGAAUCCCUGGUGACGGUUUGGAAUAUACUCUAUCGGUGUCGAACGUGCGAUAUAGUUUACGACUCCUACGACAGCACAGUGGAGCACUGUCAAGAUCACUUCUGCAACAUGGAGAGCUACAACCUAAAAAUUAAGUAUUGCAAGCAGUGCGACUUAAAAUUCGUAGACGAGUGCUUCGGCAGGCACGAACACCUGCACUCCCAGAACAGCGUCACUAUAGAGUCUUUCGUCAUCGUCGACUGCGACUACUCGCUGCUGCUGUCGGACGAGUGGCAGACCGUGUUCGACAAGCUGUCGAAAGAUCAGCUUCAACAAGUCAUGUCCAAGAGCAUUUACAACGAAACCAGGGGAGUCAGAAUGGACCUGCAGUGCGAGGGAGAUCUAGGAUACGUAUACAAAUGUAGCAUUUGCAACCUUUCGGUCGACCUGCAGAGUAUCGUGGACCACGUGAAGAGCAGGGAGUGUAGUGUGGAGGAUGUCAACUUUACGUGCAACGUGUGUAAUGUCGGCUUCCGUCUGAAGAAAACCGCCAACGCGCACAAACUGAAGCACGAGCUAAGUGGCGUGCCUUAUAGAAUCGUGUGCUUCAAUGAUCCCAAAACUUUGUUCAUUGACGAGGCACUAAUAAAAAGUGCUAAAGCGGAUGAUCUGAAAUUCAUCCGUUGUCAGUUUUGCGGGAGACUGAUCAACAAGAGUCUGUAUAAAAUGCAUAUAUGCAAACAUAAUUACAGGAAAAAGUUGAAGCUCCUGAAAAGUAACAACUUUAAAGGUAGUAGUGGCGCGGUAUCUUCGAUCAAGAGUAAAGUUUCUCAAAGUAAAAUAGAUCAAAAGAGUAUAUACCGAUAUCACGUCUGCGUAAAAUGUAAUGUGGCGUUGCUCAAGAACAGUCACUCUCACGUUUGCCGCGACGACCAGAAGAAGAAGUGUCCAAAAUGUCGAGUAUUUAUAAAUGCGCAGUACUCGAGCUUAUAUCGUCAUAACAAGAUACAUAAAAAUUACCCGACGUUAUCCCACAAGACCAUAAAAAUAACCUAUUUUAACCCCGACGGUAUAAAAAUAAGCGAUAACGGUGUCACUAAACUGAAACCUACGGUACUGAAACCUCCGGUUCCCGUCACCGUUUCGACUGCGGUCCGACCCCCCCAGAAACUUUCGAAAAAAAUUAGAUUCUUCCGUUGCGUACAUUGUAUGAAAAUAUGCACUUUACAAAGCAGUAUACCUCGUCAUCAAUGCACCCCAUAUAAAACCGUCGAAUGCGAAUUGUGCGGUGUGCCUUUCGAUGGGCGCAAAUAUAAGAAGCAUUUGGAGAUGCAUAACCGAAUAUCUUUUACAAGAAAAGAUGUCCAAAUUAUUCCUUUUGACUAUAAUAAAAGUCACGAUUUUUAUAAUGGUAAUGCGCCAACGCCCGGCUUAAUGAAGCCCCAAGCGAUCGAACGCACUACAGCAACUGGCUCGAGAGUACCGGAGCCCCGCUCGGGUAUCGCCGGCAAACCCGAUUAUUUACGCGUGUACAAAUGUACCGAAUGUAACUUGUUCUUUAUCUGUCGAGCGAACCUUCUGGAACACCUCUCGGGCUCGCAAGGCGCCUGCGAUCCCGAGGCGGGCGAGAGGUGUGAACACUGUAAUUUGAAUUUUCACUCGGCAGAGUUAUGGAGACAUAAAACUCAUCAAUUUUGUAAAACGAGAAAAAUAUCCAGGAUAAAUGUAUGCACGCUAAUACUAAAAAAUACCGAUCCGAACGACAUAAACAACUGGUUGUCCUACUGCAAGAGAUGCGACCUCUACCACACCAACGCUUUGAAGCACCACUUCGAUAAUAACCACGAUGAUGCCAAGAAAACGGUGCCAUGCCCCAAGUGUGGGGUACGAUUCGCUAACGUCGCCAUCAGAAAACACAAUAUCUAUCAUCACGGCAGCGUCGACAUUCCGUUUUCCGAUCUGAACGUGGACGUCAUGGAGGAUAUCAGUUUGGAAGAAGCCGGGUACGCUUUGACGACACUAAGCGAGUCACGUAGGAGCUUACGAAAUGCAGCAAACGAAAAUAUAGCCGAUAAAAUAAUUGAAAGGGAGGAAAAGGCAAGUCCGACGAUGACAAUUAAACAUCAAAAUAAAAUUCAAAUAAUUUAUAGAUGUCACGUGUGCAAUUUGCAUUUCCUUCAUAGGGCUAGUCUCCGGUCUCAUCUAAUAAGAGAUGAGCACAACACGGAGAAGAUACCCUGUAACGUCUGCGGAAGACCCUUCUCUCACCGUACUGGAAAGAAACACGCUGAAAUGCAUACAUUUACUAGUACAUUUACUGUAAUAGAUCAAUCUAGCAGUAGCUGGUGUGACUCCUCAAGCACGAGCCUCAAUACUUCGGAAACGCCGGAUUCGGCGCCGAUGACUAGCGAUAGCGUCUCGAACGACGAACAUAAAGAUAUCACAUUCGAUACGAAUAUGACGACGGCCACCGCCACCGAUCGACGUUCGCAAUCCAAGUUCAAAGUCGAGACUCGAGAGGCUGCAGAUUCUAGUGGGACGUCUAGUAAUGAGAUUAGUUCGACUUCCGUCUCGCAUGCAGGCACCGAAAAUGAGGUGAGACUCUUCAAGUGUGGACAAUGCGACGUCUACUUUCUGAGUGCGGAAUGUUGCUCCUACCACACAGACAACCACUCUCCUCUGGACCCGACAGAGUACAUCGCGUGUAAAAUUUGCGACCUUCAAUUCCUCAACAGAUCUCUUGACGUGCACAUGAAAGCCCACAGAGAGAAGACGUUCAGUAUGGAGACGCUAGUUGUAGACGAGUAUCUGCCAGUUGGCCAGAGUGUAAAAAUAAAUACGUACUCUGCUAUCGAUAGACUUAAGUCCAAACUUGUGAGCACCACGACGGAGUCGGAUUAAAUUACUUUAUUAUAAUUUUUUUUCAAUACCUUUGGAGUUUAAGCUUUGACUGUAAGUACUAAUUAAGAUUAGAUGUAUUAUGUUACCAAAGCAAUUUUGGCAUGGAUUCAAAGUAGCCGCAAUCUCUUUUUGCGGCUAUUAUUUUUAAUUUACCAGUUUUUUCUAUGUGUAAGUGUUGCGAGCACUUGCGAGUCUCCUGUACUUAGUCGGCCAAGCAGGCCGGUCACAUUAAGUAAGAAUUUGUCCGUUAUCUUGCUGCUAUAUGAAAUUGUCGCUAUUACGCUUCUAUUGCAUACUUGAUGGAUACAAGAGCUAUCUAUCCGUGUGAGUGAAAGAGACAAGUAGCAAGUGGUCAAGGGCCAAAGUUCGUUAUCCGUGUCUCGACUUUAGUACACGAAUUCUAAUUUGAUGCAUUUAUUAGAAUAUUUUAUUUUAUAUAGCCUUCCCAUCAGGUUUGGCUUCAGCCUUGCUGACUAACCGACUCAAAAAUACUCUUUCAGUCACUUAUUUGUAGCUAGAAACAAAAUGAAAUUGUAACAUAAAAUAAUAUUGAACAUUAUUCUAAAUUCGAAAUUUAUAGCUGAAACACUGCCAGUAAUAAUAUUUUUCUUUUGUUGAUUCGAUGAGCUUUAAUUUUUUAAACUCUUUUAGAUGCCGCGUACUUUUACGCUCAUUUUUUUUAACUUAAGAGUAAAGGUACAAAUUGUAUGGAGUG